AUUUAAAAAUAAUAAUAAUUUCAAGUGGGUUUUAAAAAUGUACACUGAGGGUGCUUGUCUAAUAUUUACCGGGAGGUAAUUCAAUAGUUUGGGAUCAGCAGCUCAGAUCGUUUAAAGGGAGGAUGGUGAUAAUAAUAAAAAAAAGAAAUGAAAUAUAUAACAGCAGAAAUUAUUAAUAUGGGACUGGAAUGUUGAACUUCAAGUUCCGCAGCAGACAAAAUUUGGAAUUUGCUAUUGCCCCCGCCUUAACUGCUUGGCGGCACAACUCGUUUGAAGUGCCCCGUCAUUCUGGCAUCAUUGGGUGUGUGGGUGUGACAUUUAUUAGAUAAUCAGAGAUCCCCCCGCCUCAGACCGAGGUAAAAAGUAUUUAAAGCAGAGUAUUUCGAGUUCUUCCUAUUUGAAAGACAACACUGAGUGUGUCAACGUCUUCAACUUCUUCUUUAAAGUCUUAAACUGAGGCCAUCGUCAAAGCUACAAUGUAAUUAUCAUCGUGGGCUGAGAGGUGACGAUCACAAUAUCAUCUGCGAACAUCAUGGUCCAAGGGGAAUCCAGUCUAACCUCGUCUGUCACCCUAUCCAUUACUACCGCAAACAGGAAGGGGCUCUGCGCGGAACACUGAGCCCAAGCGAGAGACUGCAAGCUGAAACAUUUACGCUAUCCAUUCAACAUCCAUCAUAAGGUCCUCCAUUAUAGCCCAUGCUCCGGACAUGGAUGGACCAGGGAAGAAAAACACAAUUCUGAGCAAUCGUUUUACUAUAUGUUAUGGCUCAUCUUCAACGUCCCAGAAAACAAAAUACCCAGCUGACUACAAGAAGCAAUGUCCCGUUCGUCCACCUCCCGAGCCACCAACGCGUAUUCAUGUGAACGCCAAUCAUCCAAAACCAGCAGUCAAUCACACAACGUCUCUCCGAGAACAACCUAGAAAGCUUUCAGGUCUCUAUCAGAGAGAACUGCCACGUCAUCCUCCCCCCCAAACUCCUCUGGCCAACGUCAAUAUGAGACAAACUUCAAAUCAGUGGGAAUCUGAGCUCAGACCCCUCCCAUCAAGCCAUAGCCUGCCUCCCGGCUCUUUAGGAAAGUCUCCAAAAGAGCACUUGUACAAGCCAGUGGAGCCUGUCUACCUUGAAAUUCUACCAUCAGAAAACCAUAACACAUUUCAGGAACAAGAGUCGUCAAGAGCACAGAGAAUAAUACACGACCAAAUAGACUUCAAUGCAAAUAUGAAUACCCAGGAGCUCAUACAAUGGAUGGCGAAACUUUCAAAGACGGCUAAAUUGACUCCAACCUUGUAUGGACUCAGUGCAGAGGAACAAAUGAGAUCACUUCACGAGAGAACGAUGAAUACGAUGCAGGCCCUUCGUCUCCUCAGCAUUCUCAUGAUCCAGCGUAGUCAACAGCUUCGAGAAUACAUUGUUGCUUUUCAGUCCUUGGCAGAGCUUUUAGAGAGAGAUAAAAAGAAGGUCAAAAGUAUGGGUAUUGCUGGGGGCACCACCGGUGCAGUGGGCGGGGUGACCGCGGUGGUUGGGAUAGUCUUGGCACCCGUAACCAUGUGUGUCUCGCUGGCCGCUACGGCUGUGGGUGUCGGGAUGGUGGGGGUGGCGGGAGGAAUGGGUGUGCGCGCUUUGAAGCCCAACAACAACAUUGUCGACAGAAAAAUGAUAAAGACACUUGUCACUGAUUAUAUGACUAACUUUGCCGAUAUAGAACGCUGUCUGAAAUAUAUCCUCUCUGAGAUAAAGGAGCUGCAAGGGCAAGAUCUCAACAGGCUACGUCAUGCUGGAGCUCUGCCUGAGACUUUGACAGCGGCACGGAAGUUGCAGUCUGUGACGAACAACAUAAAUAACGGUAGAAAUGAUGUGCGUAGAAGUGGAACUUCUUCGGUGAUGCUGUUACACACAUUUGCCACAGAAAUAGAUCAGUAUUUUAAAGAAAAGCAAGGAAAGGAAAUGCUAAAGAGGUCCAAUAAGAGCAGGCUCUCAGUGAGAAUUCAACAGCUUGCUCAAAAUCUCAAGGAGGAGUUUGACUAUGUGGAUUUUGUGUGGAAAUGUUCUGUAACAUGAAAAAAAAAUUGAAUUUCAAUUGAAUCCAAUUGAAACUCUUUUCAUCUCAGAGGUCUUGCAUGAAGAUUAAAGUAUAUUUCUUUUGUUUUAACUAUUUGAUUUCAUGUCAUUUCAUUGUUCAUUGGGGUCUUUUGUGAUAAUGUUUUCCGUG